AAGGCUUCUGAGGCAGACAUCACACUCAGCCCUUCCGAAGAGCCUCGCAAAAAGACUCUGAGGUCUCCAGAACCACCAUUUAUCGCCAACCUACCUGCUACGCCCGCCACAAACGCCUCCGGCACGAUGGACUCCGAUGAUGACUUCAACAGCUCUAUGAGCGGGGAAGACUUUGAGGAUCAGGACAGCGAUAUGGGCAUCGAAGACGACUCCGACUUCGACAUGGACCAGGACGACGUUGGGUUUGAGACACAGGAUAAGGAUAUCAAGCCUACGAGACAGGCUCACGAGGUCGACUUCAAGGUGUUCGAUCCUGCACAGAUACAAGCACAACAGGACGGGCAAAUCGAUGAGCUAUCGAGCAUACUGUCGCAACCACCAGAGGCAUCCGCAAUACUUCUUCGAUACAUGCGCUGGAAUAAGGAACGUCUGAUCGAGCAAUACAUGGAAAAGCCGGAGGAGAUAUUGGAGAAUGCAGGGCUCGGACAGGAUGCUCAGACCAACCCUCCGAAGCUACAGCAGAUCAAGGGCUUUUGCUGCGACAUCUGCUGCGACGACAGCCCGGACAUGAGCACCUUUGCGAUGAAGUGCGGGCACCGAUUCUGCGUAGAGUGCUACAAGCAGUAUCUCUCGACCAAGAUCCAAGACGAAGGCGAGGCUGCGAGGAUAAGAUGUCCCGGUGAGGGCUGUACCCGCAUUGUCGAUACAAAGUCUCUGGAUCUCUUGGUUUCCACAGAUCUCCACGAUAGAUACCACACGCUCCUCACACGAACGUACGUUGACGAUAAAGAGAACCUCAAGUGGUGCCCCGCACCCGACUGUAAAUACGCUGUACAGUGCGGUGUGAAGAGCAAGGACCUUAACAAGAUCGUGCCAACCGUUCACUGCGACUGCGGACACAUGUUCUGCUUUGGAUGCACCUUGACCGAUCACCAGCCAGCGGCCUGCUCCUUGGUAAAGAAGUGGCUGAAGAAGUGCGAAGAUGACAGUGAGACUGCCAACUGGAUAUCGGCCAACACGAAGGAAUGCCCGAAAUGCGUCUCGACUAUAGAAAAGAACGGAGGCUGUAACCACAUGACGUGCAGGAAGUGUCGACACGAAUUCUGCUGGAUGUGUAUGGGUGUAUGGUCAGAGCACGGUACCAGCUGGUACAACUGCAACCGCUACGAGGAGAAGAGCGGCUCGGACGCGAGAGACGCACAAGCCAAGAGCAGGCAAUCGCUUGAGCGAUACCUGCACUACUACAACCGAUACGCCAACCACGAACAAUCGGCGAAGCUUGACAAGGACAUCUACCUGAAGACCGAGAAGAAGAUGCAACAGUUGCAGAACUCCACAGGCAUGUCGUGGAUCGAAGUUCAGUUCCUGGACCAGGCGUCACAAGCGCUUCAGCAGUGCCGACAAGUUCUGAAGUGGACGUACGCGUUCGCGUACUACUUGGCAAGGAACAAUCUGACAGAGAUUUUCGAAGACAACCAGAAGGAUCUAGAGAUGGCGGUAGAGAACCUCAGUGAGAUGUUCGAGAAGCCAAUCGACCAGUUACAGGGGCUCAAGGUUGAGAUGAUGGAUAAGACGUCAUACUGCACAAAACGACGCAUCAUCUUGCUGAACGAUACGGCCGAUAAUCUCAAGCAAGGUACGUAG